AUGCUCCGUCGUGUGCCAGUAUCCGCGGUUUUCCCUUACAUCCGCACCAUCACCUCACGAGGGCAGUUUAAUCCCAUUCACGACUUCUCAGAGAGCCUUGAAGAGGCUCACCGGGCGCGUAAUGUGGAGGAGUUCACGCGCAUGAUUACGAACCCCGGCCCAAUGCGGGUGGGCUACUCCUCCGACUACCUCGACUGGCUCUACCGCGCCUACCAGUCCAAACUUCUCCACUACGACGCGCGGAAGAAGGAGGAAACGAGACUUAACGUGGGGCCAAGGGGGGGUUCGCCCGGAUCCUCAACAUUGGCAUCUUCAGGCUCACAGCGGUAUUGUAGGGAAGGGGAAGAAGAAGAGAGAGGGGAGGAUCUCGCGCAUUUUUCACGCCCCCCGCACUCCCUCCGCCGCCGCGUCGGCGAGGCCAAACGGCGGGAAGCCCAGCGCGAGCUCGAUGCCGUCGCCAAGGCGCAGGGCAUGCUGGACCUCUUUGAGCGACAGCCCCACUUUCCCACGAUCCACCUCUCGCGCGCCAGCCGCUUUCACCUUGUGGAGCUUUUUAAAACCAUCCUGCUCGACCGCGCGUUUGACACGAUGGCGGUUUGGGAUAAGGCGCUGCUCUACCGCGCGAUCCUCCAGGAGCGGCGUGGGGGAUACCCCCCCAGCUUCGACUACAUUUUUGAUGCCGUCGAGAAGACCGUCCUCGCGGGAAGUGAAAGCACGGACACCAGGGCGGGGAAUCAUCCUUCUUCACCCCCCGCCCGCACCCCUACCGAGGAGGAUUAUUUUUACUUUCUCUAUCUUGUUAAGCGAUAUUACGUGGAUAAUGCGGUGGAAGGACACGUUGUGCUACGCUGCUGCCGUGAGCCGAACGCAUCCGAGCUUCUCUUUUCGAACCCACCACCAAAGGAGGAUAAGGAAGUCCGCGCGUCCAUCCAGAGCGCCUUUCUUCGAAACCGGAAAGACGGCGAUGCAGAAGGCGCUGAACAAGGCCACGAGGAAAGGCUUUUCUCGUUUUGCGCGCCAACGCGCUACCCUCCGAUCGAGUUCCUCUGGAAAUGCGAGGAGAACCUUCCAUUGCUGACGAUUUUGGUAUUCGGUGAGCUGAAUCUUAUGGUGUCGGAGAACCCCUUCGUGAAGUACCCCAACGCGCACGCGUUUUUAACCCGACCCUACGCGGAGGCGGAGGAGGAGGGAAUCCGGGCGGGGGGUGGACGAGGGGCUUCAGCAUCCUCGCCGAAACCCCGUGGAGGAGGAGGGGGAGGGUCGCGAUGGGAUCGUGAGGGGGACGUCCUUUCCCUGGCGAGCCUCAUCGUGGAGCGGCGUCGCCAUCUGAACCUCGCCCACAUCCCGUACAUCCUCGCAAGCGCGUUAGAUGGGCGGGCAGCCGACCUUCGCCGCCUUCAACAGCGCUACCAUCGCGAGGAUAUACUUGGCUUUCAGAGGCUCCUGCGAGGGGAUGGGGAGUCCCCGGCGGAGUACCUUUCUUUUUCGGAUUGGAGCUAUUUAAACCCGAACGCGGUACGGGCGGAGGUCCGGGAUCGCCUCCAGCGCCGCGGCAUGGAGGCCCUUAGGCUCUACGACACGGCCACGAACGACCUCUUUCGCGUCGGGUUCGAGGAGGCCGAGAUGACGAGUCUGACGCGGCCUGUGGAGGGGGUCCAUACCCUGCCAAGUUAUAUCCCCACCCUACCACACUUUAUUGUGCAGAUUACAAAGGACCCUCACGUGGCUUGUUUGCUUUACGUCGUCCUCCCCUCUCUCUCCCCCAGGACGGGGGAAGAAGAGGGAAAAAGUCAGGAAAUGCAGAGGCUCAUCCACCAGCUAGGGAGUAUGCUCCACCGGAUGGCUUUGGAGUUCCACAAGCAGGAGCUCCGACGCGUGAAUAAACAAAAGGUCAACGUGGCCGCCACGCUGCUGGAUAAUUUCGUUCGCGCCGAGCUCAAGCGCUGUCUAACGCGGCCUGCCGAGGGGGCGGAAGAGGAGGAAGGGGUGAAAGGAAUCCUCCGUCGGCUGGGUGAAUUUCGCCCGUUUGAGGGCCGUAUGUUGGAUGAAAGCGGGUUUACCACGGAUGCGCGAGUGGAGGAUUACACGCGAUGGAUGGCACCGCCCGUCACGAAGUGA